CGUCCCCAUUGAAGUAACCGGCCUUUGAUAAUCAUUGUCAGGAAUAAAAGUAGCAUCGACCAUUUGAGAAGAAAACUAUUAUCAUCUUAAGAGUGUUUCACGGAUAGACAAUUUUUGAGUGGGACCUUUGUGUUGCUUCUUCAUAAACCGAACCAAAUAAUCGAACAACGAGCACAAGCUACUGGUUUCUGUGGUAAGCCUUUUCGACUCAAGUCGUAACAUAAAGUUUUCUUCUGACACAACAAAACGGAACAACAGGCGGGCUUGAACUUGUUGACAUUGCAUUGYAUCAUUCAGUUUGGAUUUUGCGAAACAAUCCAUCACACGAUAACACAUUGUUCCUGACCUCCUUGACAGGAAAUCAUUUUUUGUUUUUCGCUUCCGAUCGCAAAUCCACAAACACUCAAGCCAUGAUAUCCGAGUCGUUGCUGAACGAUAUCACCGACGUUGUUGAUCUCUCUAAGAGCAAAAGGAACACAAUUGCAGAGUAUUCCUCAGCGCCGUGUUCCAGAAAUGGGAUGGUAGACCUCCUGCUCCCACGGAAGGAAAAGAGGCACACCAAACAUGCUGGGGCAGAUACAGACUCGAGUCGUCAUUUGCACAACUUCCACCUUUCCGAGACACAACGUUGCUCUUCGGCAACCCAAAAAACGCAGGCAACAACCGAUACUGAUACAACCGACGACGACGAUGAUGACUAUGGAUAUGACGAGGAAGAAAGAUGGCUCCGCGAGAACAGAAAUUACCACCAGCUGCAACGCGAUUCAGAGCCAAUUUUUAGGUCAACAGUUUUAAAUAAUGAUGUGUCGACUUCGUCCAUUCAGCCGUUGAGGGAACGGCGGCGCUCCUCGAUGGGCAGAGAAACACCAACUGUUCCCCCUCUAGGAUACGAAAACCAGGCAAAUAAUAGCCGCAGUUGCUGUAUGCGGCUGCCCAAGAAGUUUCGGUUGUACGACCCCGAUCUCUUUUAACGACAAAGAUGGAUCGCCAGUCACAUUUUUGCUUGACGAAUAUUGAACUCGCUAACGAUGGACUACUGUGCAGAAACAAACAAACAAACAAACAACUUCAAGAUGUAUCGGUAUUUGACAUGCCCUUGAAGCGAUGGUCUCGAAAUGCAACGGCACAGACUUUUACGGAAUACAUGUUAUCGCGACUGGACAGACAUUAGCUGCUUGUAGGAAGCAAACUAAAAGCGCAUAGCGAUA